GCCAGGGCCAGGAGCAGGAGCAGUCGGUGAGAUGGCCGUCAGUAAACACAUCUUAUCCCUGAAUGAGGAUUUAACCUGCUCCCUCUGCCUGGCUGUGUUUGUGGAGCCGGUGCGGUUGCAAUGUGAGCACAACUUCUGUAAAUGCUGCAUCCAGAAAUACUGGGGGAAGCAGCGUCAGGCGGUGUCCUGCCCACAAUGUCAGCUCGUUCUCCCCCGGAGGAGCUACACCAGUAACAGGGUGCUGGCUAGUCUCUGUGGGAAGGCCCGGCUACUGGAGCUGAAGCUGCAGGAGGGUCACUCUGACUGUGAGGGUCAGGGGGAGAGUGUACACCAGGUCUGUGAGGAACACGGGGAGAAGCUGAUCCUGUUCUGUGAGGAGGAUGAGAUUCUGGUCUGUGCCAGUUGUGUGGAUACCCCCCUCCAUUCAGAUCACAGGUUCCUGCCGCUACAGCAGGCGGUUCAAAAGUACAAGGACCAGCUGAAAGCAUCCUUGGAUUCCAUGGAGGAUAAACAGAAACAUAAGAGUGAAUUAAAGCGACAGCAGGAGGGGAAGAUUUCUGAACUGGAUGAACUCUCUGGGUCGCUGGAACAAGAGAUCUCCACCCAGUUUGCUAACAUCCGUCAAUAUAUUGAUACGAAAGAGAAACGUUUAUUGGAAAGGCUGAGGAGACAAAAGGAGAAAGAUCUGCGACUGAUGGAGGAAAAUCUGAAAGAAAUUGAAGAGGAAGUUGUGUCACUUGAUGAGCAGAUGGGGAGCCUUCGUCUAGACAUUGAGCAGCAAGACGGAAUCGCUUUUCUCAAGGAACUGAAAAGACUGAGAGAAAGGUACUUGGAGGAAGGGGAGGAAGGAGAUGAUGAAGAGGAUGAUUCACAGUGCAGUGAAGAUGAAGAAAUACUGACAUUUCCAAGAGGGAAGUACAUAGAAUUCCAAGGUCCGUUGCUUUACACCGUGUGGAAGGAGAUGAAACAGAUUAUCUCUCCAGUUCCAGCCUCACUGACCCUGGAUCCAAACACCGUACAUCGUAACCUCAUCCUGUCAAAAGACCUGACAAGCGUGAGAGCCGGAAACAACACAUUCAUGCUUCCUAACAAUCCGGAGAGAUUCGGCACCAUUCCAUUUGUCAUGGGAUCACAGGGAUUCACAUCAGGCAAACACUACUGGGAGGUGGAAGUGGAGGAUAAGACUGAGUGGACACUGGGUGUGGCUGAAGAGACAUCCAGUAGGAAGGGCAGCUUCCACCUCGGGCCAGAAUACGGUUACUGGACCGUGUGGCUUACCUGUGGCAAUGAAUAUAGAACUAACGAUCGUCCAUUUGCCCAACUGACUCCGAAUGUGAAUCCCAGGAUGAUUGGUGUUUACCUGGACUAUGAGGGAGGACAGGUGACCUUUUACAAUGCUGAAGAUAUGUCCCUUCUCUAUACUUUCACUGACAUGUUCACCGAAAAACUCUUUCCUGUAUUCUAUCCUGGAACAAGCGAUAAUGCUCCUCUUAAAUUGCGUCAUUUAGAACUGUAGAUGUAACUUACAGAUUGUCUCAAAUUCUGGGGAGAAUGUGACCACUGCUAGGUGAAUAUUCCACAUAUUACAAGUAACUACUGAGGCACAUCUAGGAACAGCGCCAGGAAAAAGGAAUUUGAUGAAAAUAGUGGGGGAUGAGAGCCUGCAUUGGAAAGCGUUUUUUGUCCUGACCAUUUGAAGUGUACUCACUGACUGGAGUGUGAAGUGUACUCACUGACUGGAGUGUGUGUUACUGUGUAGCAUGAAGUUGUUCCAAUUUCACUUCCUGGCUCCUCACAUCAGCUUCCCAACCUAGGGAACUCCCUGGUCAGAACUUCCCAACUCAGUCCUGGUCAUUCCCCUGGCAGAACCUCUGCUACUUUGUGAAUCUGGCCUCUGUGUAACGAGGUGAAGUAAUGACAGUCAGUGUGAGGAAACUGCAUCUUUUACACACAGGCAGACAUUGGUAAUCAUAUAAAUUACCAAUUGGCAUGUGGCUCAGUGGUUAGUAAUGCUGUCUUAGAGUGCAGAGACACAGGUUCGAUUCCAGCUUCGGGUGACUGUUGGUAUGGAGUUUGCACGUUCUCCCCGUGUCUGUGUGGGUUUC